CAUUCUUGAAGAUGUACCCCACAUGACCCCGACUCUCGAGACGGCGGCCCCCUCGUCCCGCCCUCGUGUCGCAUGCGAUUUGGCUCCUUUCCCACAUCGUCCCGAUCCUCGUAUUAUAGUAGAACAGGCCCGGGAGAAUAUCAAUUGGAUAGACAACAAACCUAGAAUCUCGUCGGCCAGCUUCCACCACCAUCCACUUAGACGAGCCGAGCCAUUCCUACGAGCCGAGCCAUUCCUACAAGCCAGCUACACAACAAACAGCAAACAGCAAGCAAUGGCGUCCGAGGCACCCGGCGCAAAGGCCGAGAUCACGGUCGAGUCGCUCCCGGCGCUCCUGGCCGACGACACACGCGUCAAGGUUGGGGGCGUAGACGUGGACGGCAUCCUGCGCGGCAAGCUCGUGUCCAAGAAGAAGUUCCUGUCCAUUGCCAAGGACGGCUUUGGUUUCUGCUCAGUCAUCUUCGGCUGGGACAUGCACGACACCACCUACUUCCAGGAGCUCAAGAUCAGCAACGCCGAAAACGGCUACCGCGACAUCAUCGCCGUGCCCGACCUCCAGAGCUUUCGCCGCAUCCCCUGGGAGAACAAUGUGCCCUUCUUCCUCGUCAGCUUCUUCGACCCCGACACCAAGCAGCCCGUGAGCGCCUGCCCCAGGGGCCUGCUGAGCACCCAGCUGGCCAAGUUUCAAGAGAGGGGCUUUGGUGCGAUGGCGGGGGCCGAGUACGAGUUCUACCAGUUUAGGACACCGUCUCCCGCAAGCACUGCCGAGAACCCCUCGACAGCCGCCUAUCUCCGCGAGAACCCACCCCAUUCUCUACCGUCUCUGACCGAGGGCAUGUUUGGCUACAGCCUCACGCGCACCGUACACAACCAGGACUACUUCUACGACGUGUUUGACACAUGCGAGAAGUUCGACUGCAAUAUCGAGGGCUGGCAUACCGAGAGUGGACCAGGCGUGUUUGAGGCUGCACUCGAGUUUGGUGAAAUAAAAGGCAUGGCAGACAGGGCGAGCUUGUUCAAGUACGUCGUCAAGUCGGUCGCGACAAAGUACGGCAUCACCCCCUGCUUCAUGGCCAAGCCGAAGCAGGGCCUGCCGGGCAACAGCGGGCACAUGCACGUCUCCAUCAUCGACCAGGCCACGGGCAAGAACCUCUUUUACCGCGAGACGCCCGACAGGAACGCGCGCUGGGCCGACAUCGAGCACCUCUCCGACAUGGGCCGCCACUUCCUGGCCGGCAUCCUCGAGGGCCUCCCGGACGUCAUGACGCUCGUCGCGCCGACCAUCAACAGCUACAAGCGCCUGGUGGAGAACUUCUGGGCCCCCGUCACCGUGUCGUGGGGCCUCGAGCACCGCGCCGCCUCGGUCCGGCUCAUCGCCCCGCCCACGUCCAAGCCGGGGGCCACGCGCUUCGAGGUGCGCGUGCCCGGCGCCGACGCGAACCCCUACUUUGUGCUGUCGGCCAUCCUGGCCCUCGGCUUCCGCGGCGUCGAGAGGAAGCUCGAGAUCCCGUGCCCGCCCCUCGGCAAGGGCGAGGACGUGGGCGGCGCCACCACCGACAUGGGCAUCCGCCUGGCCCGCAGCCUGCGCGAGGCCAACGACCGCUUCACGAGGACGGGCAGCAUCGCGCGCGAGGUGUUUGGGGACGAGUUCGUCGACCACUACGGCGGCACCAGGGACCACGAGAUCCGGCAGUGGGACGAGGCCGUCACGGACUGGGAGAUGAAGAGGUAUAUAGAGACGGUCUGAACGCCCGUGGGAUACGAAUCGAUGGUUUUUUUGGAUACGCCGUGCGGAGUACUGUUUCCCGCCUGGCGCCCAGUCUUGGAUUAUGGUGUACACUCGCUUGUUCCUUUAUGCGGUCUAGUCGCUCGAUACCCCAUCUGCGCGCAGCUGGAGCUUCACGUAACCAAGCGCAACUCUUCUUGUCAUAGGACUGGGCUUUUUACGUGUAGCGUUUAGUAUAACCAAGUUCUCAAGUAUGUUCUUAUGAUCGUCUGGCUGUUUCGGUUUCUGAAUUCAACUUUGCUUCAGAACAGGAUUACCUCUAGCACCCUAAAUAGCUUCGUGGAGAAUCGCAUAUAUACCUAAAGAUGCCUUCCGAA